GAGCACACGACUGCAGCACCUGGGCUGAGUGGGCAGGCUAAAGAUUCAGUGCUCGUGCCGCGUAUCAGCGCUGCUAGGUGUUGCGAGGAGAGUGCAAGUGCGCGUGCGCGCAUGGCGAGCUUGUGGGAGCAGCCGAGCCUCGAGUUCGGCGUCAAGGUCGUCAGGGCGGCCGGCCUCGAGGCGGCGGAUCAGCGGCAGCUGGAGGAGGGCGGCACCCUCUUCGUGAGGUACUACGUCCCGGCCGGCGAUGGGAGGCGGCGGCUCCGCGUGGACACGCGGGAGGUCCCGCGCGGCGGCGGUGACGCUGGUGACGCGUUCUGGGGCGAGCUCGCGCGCUUCGAGCGCUGGGGGGCCGGGGCGCCGGGCGGGGGGGUCGUGUUCGAGCUCCGGUGGAGGCCCCGACCGUCGUCCGGACUCGCGGCGUUACUGGGGGCUGGCAAUAGAAGGAGGCCGUCGCGGGUGCUGGCGCGGGCGGAGCUCGCGUGGCGCGACGUGUCGCUGCCGCCGGCGGAGAGGUGGCUGACUCUUUCGCCCGCAAGCCGCGAGCUGGCCGGGUGCAAGGCCCCCAAGCUGCUGGUCGAGGUCGAGACCAUCCACUCCGUUGCCAGUGAAGUGGCGGAGAGGAAAUCCGGCGGCACGAGAGAUUGCUGCAGUGCCGGCGAGUGCUGCGGCCAGUGUGGGUGGAUCGGGAACGAGGAGGACAUGUUCCUUGCGGCCACGUUCAGCCAGCAGCUGUAGGCUUAUCACGUAGCAAAACUGUACCCUGAACCUCGUUAACUAGGUUCAAAACCACUGAAUGUUAGGAAGGAAAACCGAAAAGAACAACCUAUAGUUGUUUUGAUCUCGCUGCAAAAAAUUGUGGAUUUGAGGCAAACCCAAGCAUGACGUUUUCAAGUUUGGAUCUCUCUAUUUGUUA